GGAAAAUGAGUGGUGCAAAUCAUGCCAGAUUAAUUACUGUAUUUGAAAAAUAAUUUUGCAAACUGGACUAGUGGAAAUAAAAAAAUUGAUGAACUAAUUCAAGAAAUGCAAUUAAAAAUUGAAAAUUGUGGUGAUAUAAUAGUUGAAUGGAUACCAUACUACCAGUUUAGUAAUAUCAAAAAAAUAGGUAAAGGUGGGUUUUCUACAGUAUAUUCGGCAUUAUGGAAGAAUGGCCUAUUACGAUGUAAUACAAAUUAUGAAAAGUUGGAAAGAGAACAUAGUAUAGAAGUUGCUUUAAAAUGUUUAAACAAUUCACAAGAUAUUUCAAAUGGAUUAUUAAAUGAGGUUAAAAAUUAUUCUAUUUGUGAUAAUGGAAUUCUUCAAAUAUAUGGAAUAUCUCAAGAUCCAUAUACAAAAGAUUAUAUCAUAGUUCUUCAAUUUGCAACUGGAAAUUUUGUUAAUCAUGAAUAUAUUAAAAAUUCUUGGUAUUGGUUUAAGAAAUUAUAUAUAUUAGAUCAAAUUAUUGACUGUCUUAAAAUUAUUCAUGACAAACAAAUGGUCCAUCAUGAUUUGCACACAGGAAAUAUAUUAAUAUUACCUAAUAAUGUUAUAUGUAUUAAUGAUGAUUAUAUUCCUGAUGUAUUAGACAAAAUAUGUAUUUCAGAUAUGGGAUUAUGUAGAGAAGUUGGUGAUAUAAAAAAUACAGAUGAGACAAAAAUUUAUGGAGUUAUGCCUUAUGUAGCUCCUGAAGUAUUAAAAGGAAAUCCUUAUACUCAAGCAGCAGAUAUAUAUAGUUUUGGUAUGAUUAUGUAUUUUAUAGCAACUAGAAGACAGCCUUUUGACAAUUGUGCUCAUGAUAAUAUUUUAGCAUUGAAGAUAUGCAAUGGAAUUAGACCUGAAAUUAAUGAGCAAGAAAUACCCGAAAGUUACAUUGAGUUGAUAAAGAAGUGUUGGGAUCCAAAUCCAAAUAAUAGACCAAAUGCUACUAAAAUUAAAGAGGAAAUUAAUAAACAAUUUGAAGAAGCAAGAAAAAACAAUAUAAAAUUUCCAUAUAAUAUCCAAUUAACUACUCAUCCAAAGGCUUGUUAUACUUCUCGGUUACUUAAUCCAUUUACAAAUGAUCUCCCAAGGUAUGAUAAUAUUAGCAAUAAUUCAGUAGAAGUUGUUGAUUUUACAGAGUAAGUCAUAGCACCAUUAUUCAAAUUUUGAUGAUUUAACAAAGGAAUUAUGUAUUAAAUUUAAAUUAUUAAUGAGACAUCAUCGGAAGAAUAUAAUUGAACUUAAUUUAUAUUAUUUUUAUAUUUUAUAUUAAAUACACAGUAUUUUGUUCAACACUGAUU